AUGAUCCACCUGAUGAUGAAAGGACCUCCAGCUCACCAUCACUGCCUCUUCCUUCAUCCUCAGGAUUCACCCUGCACCCCAUUCGACCACAGGUUGCUGGAGCUGAGCAUGUCCUGGCUGGGGCUCGGGCUGGUGGCAGCCUCCCCGUGGCUGCUGCUGCUGGUGGUCGGGGCCUCCUGGCUCCUGGCCCACAUCCUGGCCUGGACCUACACCUUCUACAACAACUGUCGCUGCCUCCAGUGUUUUCCGCAGCCCCCAAAACUGAAUUGGUUCUUCGCUCACCCGUACCUGAUUCAGAGCUGGGAGGAAGGUCUCCUGUACACACAGGGCCUGGCCAGCACCUAUGGGGAAGUGUGCUGCUCGUGGGGCGUGGGGGGCUGGCAUGUGGUCAUCUGCAUCUUCCACCCCACUGCUCCAGCUGCUGUCGCACCCAAGAACAUGAAUUUCUACAACUUUCUGAAGCCCUGGCUGGGGGAUGGGCUCCUGCUGAGUGCUGGUGACAAGUGGAGCGGGCACCGCCGCAUGCUGACACCUGCCUUCCACUUCAACAUCCUGAAGCCCUAUAUGAAGAUUUUCACCAAGAGCACAGACAUCAUGCACACCAAGUGGGAGCGCCUGGUCACCCAAGGCCACACCCGUCUGGACAUGUUUGAACAUGUCAGCCUCCUGACCCUGGACAGUCUGCAGAAAUGUGUCUUCAGUUUUGACAGCAAUUGCCAGGAGAAGCCCAGUGAAUAUAUCACCACCAUCUUGGAGCUCUGUGAGCUUGUGGCAAAGCAGAACAAGCAGAUCUUCCUGCACACCGACUUCCUGUACUUCCUCACCCCGGAUGGGCGGCGCUUCUGCAGGGCCUGCCGCCUGGUGCACGACUUUACAGAUUCCAUCAUCCAGGAGCGGCGCUGCACUCUCCCCAAUGAGAAUAUUGAUGACUUCCUUAAGGCCAAGGCCAAGGCGAAGACCAAGACUUUGGACUUCAUUGAUGUGCUUCUGCUGACCAAGGAUGAAGAUGGGAAGGGAUUGUCAGACGAAGACAUCCGGGCUGAAGCUGACACCUUUAUGUUUGAGGGCCAUGAUACUACAGCCAGUGGCCUCUCCUGGAUUCUGUACAACCUUGCAAAGCACCCAGAAUACCAGGAGCGCUGCCGGCAGGAGGUGCAAGAGCUCCUGAGGGACCGUGAGUCUAAAGAGAUUGAAUGGGACGACCUGGCCCAUUUGCCCUUCCUGACCAUGUGCAUCAAGGAGAGUCUGUGGUUGCACCCUCCAGUCGCGUUCAACUCUCGCUGCUGUACCCAGGACACUGUGCUCCCAGACGGCCGGGUCAUCCCCAAAGGUGUUGUCUGCCGCAUUGAUAUUUUCGGGACCCACCACAACCCAUCUGUGUGGCCAGACCCUGAGGUCUAUGACCCCUUCCGCUUCGACCCAGAAAACAUCAAAGGGAAGUCACCUCUGGCUUUUAUUCCCUUCUCAGCAGGUCCCAGGAAUUGCAUUGGACAGACGUUUGCCAUGACUGAGAUGAAGGUGGUCCUCGCUCUCACCCUGCUGCGCUUCGCUUUUCGGCCAGACAAGGAGGAGCCACGCAGGAAGCCGGAGCUGAUUCUGCGCGCGGAGGAUGGACUUUGGCUUCAGGUGGAGCUGCUGAGCGCAGGCCCUCAGUGACUGAAUGAUCCACUACCACCCUGCCUAGGACUCUCUACCGUCAAAAGGGUCCAGAGCUCCCCUUGCUGGCUCUCGGUGAGACUCAGGCCAACGUGAUGACAGCAUUUUAUUCCUGGGACUCUGCCACGGCCUCACCCAAGUUCCGUUCACGUUUGCUUGAGUCUCACCGAGAACCAACAGGGGGCGCUCUGGGCGCUUUUGAAGAUACAGAGGGUGGGCGUGGUUGAUUGGAGGCGGGACCAGUUGCCAUGUGCCCAAUAUUCUCUCUUUAGCUGACUGCCAGACUCGCAUAGUGGUAGAGAAUCUACCUGCCAAAGCUGGAGAUGCAACAGAUGGAUCCCUGGGUUGGAUCCCUGGGUCGGGAGUGUCCCCUGGAGAAGGAAAUGGCAACCCACUCCAGUAUUCUGCACUGUAAAAUUCCAUGGACAGAGGAGCCUGGAGGGUUACAGUUCAUGGGGUCACCCUGAGGACACAUGGCUAUAUGCAAGGCUGACUACAGGACCCUAUACUGAUGGCUGAUUCUCCCAGAACCCAAACAUGGGCAAUAGGAAGCCACAUGAGGUGUUUGAGCAGAAGAGGGACCAGGGUUAAGGGUGGACUUAAGAGGUGGCGAGUGCUCUUCAAUAUAUGUUGCGGUCUGGGAGGAGUCCAAUAUAUAUGAGUACAUCAAAUCUGUGGUUACUCCAGAUCUCCAAUGAACACGGAAGAAAUAAAACAAAGACAUGCAUGCUAAAACUCUAGAAUCCCCAGGUACUCUCUCUAAAAAUUAAAUAACUGGGAAGUGGUUUUCAGACUCCCUGUCAGCACCCCCACUCAUGUACCACGCCCCCCUCCUGCCCACCAUCUUCCAUGUUCAGCGCCUUCAGCAUCAUGCAUCAGAGUGGUGCAUUUGUAACAAAUGACUAACUUACAUUGACACAACAUUAUCAAACUUCCCAAAGUCCAUAGUUUGCAUUAGAGUUCACUUUUGGUGUUGUCCAUUCUAUGGAUUUUGGCAUAGAUAAUGGCAUGUAUCCAUUAUUAUAGUACCACACAGAAUAUUUCACUGCCUUCGAACCCUCCCAGUGGUUGGGCGAUUUCAUCUAUACCUCCCCCCAACUCCUGGUAACCAGCAAUCUUUUUACUGUCUCCAUAGUUUUGCCUUUUCCAGAAUGUCAAAUAGUUGAAAUCACAUGAUAUGUAACCUUUUCAGGUUAGCUUAUAGCAUUUAGUAAUAUGCAUUUAAAUUUCCUCUAUGUGUUUUCAUGGCUUGAUAGCUCAUUUCUUUUUAGUGCUGAAUAAUAUUCCAUUGUCUGGAUGUACCAUAGGUUGUCUAUCUAUUCAUCUACUCCAAUUUCUUUUUAAUCAUGUUCAUAUAUUACUAAACACAAAUAUUUUAAUGAAACAAUAUCAAAUACAAAAAAAUGAGAAAAAGGAAACCAAAUAAAAACAAACCCUAAGAACACCCAGAAAGUUAGUAAAUCUAAAUUAUUUCCUCAUGAAACAAAAACUUAUGUGUAACUAAGAGUAUAAUAGUAGAAUGUCUAACAUUUCCACCAUUCUUUGGGACAGAGAGAAGAGGGAUGUUGAUUCAUCCAAUAAAAGCCUGGUCAAUAGGAAAAAUAGCCCUUCUUUCAAUGAUCAUCUUUAUUUGGAAGUCUGAUAGCUGUCUCAGACUUGUUAUGUCCAAACUAGAUUCUUGAUUUUUCACCCCCAGACCUCUGGGGAAUCCUUUAAUGAUUCCAAAAGUGGUUUUGUUGACUCUGUUUCCAAACAUGUGCAUUUUAAAGAUAUUUUUUGUGUGUGAUUUAAUUUUAGUGCAAUUCAGUGAAACACAUAGACAAUAGAUGGCUUUGGAAUUCAUUAAGUGGUUUGGGGCCAAAUACAUGGUUAAUUUCUUGUAAAUAUUCCAUGUGUGCUGGAGAGUGAGUUGCUUUUCUCUUGGGUAUACAUUUCUCUCUCUACUUAGUAGCUCAAACUUUUAAGUUGUGUUUAGAUAAUAUAUUCUUUAGUCUAAGUCUUGUCUUCUUGAUUUGUCAAAUUUUAAGAGGAUUGGGAUAAAAGCUCCAAGUACUGGUGUUGAUGUAGUUAUGGAUUUUCAUUUACUGAUUUAUCUAUAUUGGGUUUGCAUCUAUUCACAAUCUGUUUGGAUCCUUUAAAAAUGUAGAACUUUAUUUGUAACAUAAGAUGAUUUUCCUUUAAUUUUUAUCAGAUGUAAAUAUUGAGGUUGCUACCCUGAGGUUACCUUUAUCUACUUCCAGAACGUUUUCAUCACUCCGGAGGGAAAUCCUGUACCUAAUAAGCAGUCACUCCCCUGUUCCCUCCUCUUUUCUAAAACUUUCUGUAUUCUUAUACUUUAAAUGAGUGUUUUGUAUACACCAUCCUGUGAGACAUUUCUUUCUUAUUUAAUCAAAUCCAUGAACUCUUUCUUUUAAUUAGUGACUUUAACCCAAUUGCAUUCUCUCACGUAUGAGGAGUUACUUUUACACGAGGAGUUUAAUUGCUGUCUACUUUUCAUUUGCAAAUAUUUUCCCCCAUUCAGUAGGUUGUCUUUUUAUUUUGCUGGUAGAUUUCUUUUGCUGUGCAAAGUUUUAAGUUCAAUAUUUUUUACCUUCUGUGAUUAAAAUUUUAAAUUUC